GAUAACAGUCAAAGAUGGCGCGCUUCUGGACAAGCACGACAGUUUCUACAUCACAACGAAGAGCCUGCUGGUGCUGUUCCAGAUCAUGGGUGUGAUGCCCAUCAUGAGGGUACCAAAACACGCUCAAACAACUAAGCGAACAACUUUUAACUGGAUAUCGAAGGCAACCAUUUGGGCGUAUCUGGUGUGGGGUUUAGAAAGCAUUAUUGUCAUAAAAGUGGGCAGGGAGCGACUUGCAAAUUUCCAGCAGAGCUCAAAUAAACGCUUCGACGAAGUUAUCUACAACAUUAUAUUUCUGAGCAUCCUCAUCCCGCAUUUUCUGCUGCCAAUCGCCUCCUGGCGUCACGGGUCUGAAGUGGCGAUAUUCAAAAAUAUGUGGACACAUUACCAGCUAAAGUACCUCAAGAUAACUGGAACACCAAUUAUUUUCCCAAACUUGUAUUCACUGACAUGGGGCCUCUGCAUUUUUUCUUGGGGUCUAAGUUUUGCUGUUAUCCUCUCACAAAAUUAUCUCCAAGAUGACUUUGAAAUGUGGCAUUCUUUUGCGUACUACCACAUCAUUGCUAUGUUAGAUGGCUUCUGUUCUUUAUGGUAUAUCAACUGCAACGCUUUCGGAACUGCUUCUAAAGGUUUGGCGCAAAAUCUUCACAAAGCAUUGGAAGCCGAACAUCCGGCUCUAAAGUUGGCGCAGUACCGUCAUUUGUGGGUCGACCUUUCCCAUAUGAUGCAGCAACUAGGUCGAGCGUAUUCAAAUAUGUAUGGUAUUUAUUGCAUGGUCAUCUUUUUCACGACAACAAUUUCUCUGUACGGUUCCCUGUCCGAGAUACUGGAGCAUGGCUUGAGCUACAAGGAAAUGGGUCUAUUCGUUAUAGUGGGAUAUUGUAUGACCCUGCUUUUCAUCAUCUGUAAUGAAGCGUACCACGCCACUAGAAAGGUCGGCUUAGAAUUCCAAAUGCGCCUGCUCAACGUAAACCUAGGCGCUAUCGAUCGUCACACACAGCGUGAAGUGGAGAUGUUCCUGGUUGCCAUCGCCAAGAACCCGCCCAUCAUGAAUCUUGAUGGCUUCACAAAUAUCAACAGGGAACUGUUUACAGCAAACAUAUCCUACAUGUCUACAUACCUUAUAGUACUAAUGCAGUUCAAGUUGACGCUUCUACGACGAGGCGCAAAUAAAGUAAUCAACAAAAUAGUAGGAGCAAUAUUCAAUACUACGACUACGCUAGCUGAUAUGGUUGAAGAAGAAGACUAA